AUGUUCUCGCAAGUCACGGAAACUCCAAGAUUUGCUGAGCUUGCCAAUCUCAGUAUCGACAGGUUGAAACAGCUGGAGACUGCUCUAGCGUCUAUUCUAGCCUCACCGAAUGCUCAAGACACGUAUGCUCAGAUCAUCGAUGGGAGAGCCACUUGGCAGUCCCAUGUAGACCCAAACACCCGUGGAUUCCCAAACGAAACUAUCAUUGUCAGCGAUCAUCCAACCCCCAGUGAUGGGGCCCUGCAGCUAUACGAAGAAAUCAGAACAGUCUUUACACCGCAAGCUUUGAAGAUCGACGUACAGCUAGCCCAGAAUUACCAAAAUGCACCGCUGGGUAGCCCUGAACACGACCUGCGCCUGCUGGAGAUAACAGCAGCUUCGCUGAAUGCACUAGCUGGAAUGAUAUAUGCAUCCUUCCAUCCAGAAACAGUCCUCAAGCCCCAAGAGUCACCAUCAGCCCAACAGGAUCUUCUAUUCCUUGAGACAGAUCAAUUCUACGUCGAUUUUUACCACACAAAGUACAAAGAAUUCCAGAGAUACCCAUUCGGCUUAUUGAACGUGGUGGGCUAUUGGGCCGAAACCCAGCUCUUCGGCGGUGUGUUGUUGUUUGACCGUGGAGAAUCAGGCCGGGAGAUCAACAACGCCUUUUUGCAUCCACCAGAGGUCUUCUAUGGCUACCAACUCUCUUCUCACCAAAUCGCAUGUUUCUCGACUCUGAGCAAACCAAAAGAGGCCGGUCAGCUUUCUGGCGCAGAAAACCCCCUUCCGUUCACCCAAGAACCAAACGCCCACCUUGAGAACACCUGGGUUAGGGCAGGGGAAGCACCGCUUCGUAUCUACAAGAACCAAUACGAUAAGCCGCCACCUUCGUGGGUUCCGGCACAUCCGAGCUGUACGCAAACUCACGAUGAAGGAUUGUUGGUAUCGUUUGACGAGGCGAGGGGGAUCGUAAAGGAAAAGGGUUGGGACAGACUCGAACCUCAGGACUACGAUCUUGUGGCGCUUCAGAACUCCCACCCGUUUCUCAGCAACAUGUACCCAGUGAGAGACGAUGCCUCCAAAUGA